AUGGCACCGUUAUUGCAGAGCUCACAACCAUGGGUGGAGAAAUAUCGACCAAAGCAAGUAAAGGAUGUAGCUCAUCAAGAUGAGGUGGUUCGCGUCCUCACUAACACCAUCGAGACCGCAAAUUGCCCACACAUGCUUUUUUAUGGGCCACCUGGUACCGGCAAAACCACCACUGCCCUGGCCAUCGCACACCAGCUUUACGGGCCUGAACUCUACAAGUCUAGGGUUCUGGAACUAAAUGCAAGUGAUGACCGUGGAAUCAAUGUUGUUCGGACUAAGAUCAAGGAUUUUGCUGCUGUGGCUGUAGGUUCUGGUCAGCGUCAAGGGGCUUAUCCUUGUCCACCAUACAAGAUUAUCAUCCUAGAUGAGGCAGAUUCGAUGACUGAAGAUGCUCAGAAUGCCCUGAGACGUACAAUGGAAACUUACUCCAAAGUUACAAGAUUCUUCUUCAUAUGUAAUUACAUUAGCAGGAUCAUAGAACCACUUGCUUCGAGAUGUGCAAAAUUCAGGUUCAAGCCACUUUCAGAAGAAAUCAUGAGCAGUCGUAUAUUGCACAUUUGUAAUGAAGAAGGCCUCACCCUUGAUGCAGAGGCUCUCUCAACCUUAAGCUCUAUCUCACAAGGAGAUCUUCGCCGUGCUAUCACAUACUUGCAAGGAGCUGCUCGCCUAUUUGGAUCAUCAAUAUCAUCCAAAGACCUCAUAAGUGUGUCUGGGGCCAUUCCACUAGAGGUUACUGAGGCACUUUAUGCAGCAUGCAAAAGUGGUGACUUUGAUUUGGCGAACAAGGAAGUCAAUAAUGUAAUUGCAGAAGGAUAUCCAGUCUCUCAGAUGCUUGCUCAGUUAUUUGAGGUGGUGGUUGAAGCAGAUGACAUAUUAGAUGAACAAAAGGCUCGCAUAUGCAAGAGUUUGGCUUCAGCUGACAAGUGUCUCAUUGAUGGUGCAGAUGAGUAUUUGCAGCUGCUGGAUGUGUCUAGUAACACAAUGCGAGCUCUUUGCAACAUGCCACAAGAAUUCUCUUAUGAUAGUUAG